AUGUGGAGCGACAGCAGUCGAUUCAGUACUGGGGGCACUCGGAAAUCAAUAGGCAGCAACGCCAAUCGACGCCCCGUUGAGAGACAAAAAGUUGUGAAACGAUCUAUUGAAGACAAAGGAACCAACAUCCAGGUCGUGUUACGAUGCAGAGGACGCAACGAACAAGAGAUCGCGGCCAAUUCACCAGUGAUUGUUGAACCCAAAAGCAAGCGAGAAGUAACACUACGCUUGGCCAACAAGGAGUCGUCCUAUUCUUUUGAUCGCGUAUUUGGACCAGAGAUAACUCAACAAGAGAUAUACGACGAAGUUGCACAACCGAUAUUGGAUGAGAUGUUGCUAGGAUACAAUUGCACUAUAUUCGCCUAUGGUCAAACUGGCACUGGAAAAACGUAUACGAUGGAAGGAGACUUAGAGGAGAGAGAUGGUGGAUUCUCAAGUCAAGCUGGCAUCAUCCCAAGAGCUGUCACCAAGUUGUUUGAGACAUUGGAUAACCAAGGUGCUGAUUAUUCAGUCAAAGUGUCGUUGAUUGAAUUAUACAAUGAGGAGCUUCGUGAUCUACUUGGACAAAGCAAUGACAAUCGAGCGCUACGUAUCUUUGAGGAUCAAAAUGGACGAGGUGUGAUUGUACAAGGCAUGGAGGAGUCAUUGAUAUCGAGUGCAUCGGAGGCCCUGGAUGUUAUGCAAAGAGGAAACAAAAAUAGAAGCAUUGCUGCAACACGAUGCAAUGACAAAUCAAGCCGUUCCCAUUGUAUAUUCACUCUCACUGUGCAUAUCAAAGAGACGUUACCGGAGGGUGAAGAUGUCUUGAAAGUGGGCAAGCUCAAUUUGGUGGAUUUGGCUGGAUCAGAAAACAUCAAUCGAUCAGGUGCUGAAUAUACAAGAGCACGUGAAGCUGGCAUGAUCAAUCAAAGUUUGCUCACAUUAGGCCGGGUCAUCAAUCAACUUGUGGAUCAUGCUCAACAUGUACCUUACAGGGAGAGCAAGUUGACUCGCCUCUUGAAAGAUUCACUUGGUGGUCGUACCAAGACCUGCAUUAUUGCCACCAUUUCAGUUGCAAAGAUGAACCAAGAGGAGAUUAUCAGUACAUUGGAUUAUGCAAAGCGCGCCAAGAAUAUCCGCAACCGACCAGAAGCCAAUCAACGAAUGAAUCCACGUGUCCUAUUACGAGAAUAUGAAAUGACCAUUGAGAGGCUCAAAGCAGAUCUACGAGCAUCACGAGAACAGAAUGGCGUAUACUUGUCACAGCAAUCUUAUUCAUUGUUAACGGAUGAGAACCAAAGCUCAAAAGAUCGAAUCGUUGAAUUGACGCGUGACAUCAAGGCAGCAAAAGAUACGCUGGAUGCUAAAAGAAAGGAGUUGGAGGAAAAGACAAAGUUGCUUUUGGGCAAAGAGUCAGAGCUGGAAGAUAUUCAAGGAAAGCUGAAGCGUCUGAAUACCAAGCUUGAACGGCAAAUCGCUGAAUUUUCUGACCGUAUAUCACAAUAUACGAAUGGAUCCAUGUCAGCCAUCAAUUCGCUGUUAUCAUCACUUGAAGCCAACACCGAUAUUAUGCAUGCAUUGACGCAAGAAGGAAUUCGAGCACAAAAUGAGUUUGCCGACAAGAUGGAACGGAUCCGUAUCAAGUUACGCGAAGAAUCUGAGCAGAAAUGCGCUUUGGCCGAAAAAGCGAUUGCAAGUUUCUUUGACACUUUUGAGGAAGAUUUGAGUGACAUCAAUGCCAAGAUUAUCCGUAUUGAGAAGCAUUUUGAACAAAUGUACAAGAACCAUAUGCAAGGCGAACGUCAAUACAUUGAGCACCAGACGAAAUCAUUGAUGACCGUAAGGGAGGAUACCAUGACAACGCUAUCAGAAGAGCGUGAACGAGCAGAGAAAGAACGAUCGUCAUUACAGGCCGACUUGCAAGACAACCUGAGCACCGUGAUGGAUGAUGUUAUCAAGCAAGGCACAGAUAGAUUGGACACUCUUCAUCGAGCAGAGAAGACCAUUGUGGAUCAAAAAAAGAUGCUCGCCGAUAUGUCAUCAGGGCUUACAUCAUUGCAUGAGCAAGGGAGACAGCAUAAGCAAAAUGUGUUACAAGCUAUUGAAGAAACAAAUCAAGUCAUUACCACGAGCUGUGACGAGAUCUCGCAACAAAAGCCUUUAUUACAGGGGAAGCGUCCUUUGCCAGAGGAUUCGACGACGAAUGUCUCAAACGCCAAACGCCAAAAGAAUACUUCGUAA